GUAUUACGAGCUGGGUUGACAACUGGAAAACAAAUGGCUGGAGAACAAGUUCAGGAGGAAGUGUAAUAAAUAAAGAAGAUUUUGAAAGACUUGAUAAUCUAUCAAAAGGCAUAGAAAUUCAGUGGAUGCAUAUUCCUGGUCAUGCUGGCUUCCAAGGAAAUGAAGAAGCUGAUAGACUAGCAAGAGAAGGAGCUA